AACAACACAAAUGUGUUGAUAUUUUAUAGGUGUAGUCAAAACAAACACAACUUUCUUUUAGGUUUCAUCAUUCAAAAGUAAGCCACCACAUAAAGCCAGCAAACAAACAAUCUGAAACCUUCUUUCUUGCACUAAGAUCAGCUGCAGAAGAAGGAGGUGAAUCCUCUCUCUUUCUCUCUCUGUGAAGUCAUCCCUUGCUUUUCUUUUCCUUUUCAACUUCCGAAUUCAUGGAUGGUACUGCUCAAUGGCCAAAGGGUCAAGGAGUAGGGCUAGUGAAGCCCUUAGAAGGAGUAGCUCCUAGCACAAGGCCUAUGUUAGAGAGAAGAGCAAGGCCUCAAGAGCACUUGAAUUGUCCAAGGUGUAACUCAACCAACACCAAGUUCUGUUACUACAACAACUACAGCCUCACUCAACCAAGAUACUUCUGCAAGACUUGCAGAAGGUAUUGGACUGAAGGUGGGUCUCUUAGAAACGUUCCUGUUGGAGGAGGUUCAAGAAAGAACAGGAAGUCUUCAGCAACAGCAACAGCAACACCAUCAACUUCAUCAAAGAUUCCUGAUCUUAAUCCCCCAAACCUUUCACAAUUUUCUUCUCAAAAUCCAAAGGCCCAUGAAGGCCAAGAUCUUAAUCUUGGUUUCCCAGCUUUCCAGAAGUAUCAUGAUGUAUCCCAAUAUGUUCAAGUGCCCAAAAUUGAAAACAACAAUAACAAUCACCAAAACUCUGGCUCUGCUUCCUCUACUCAUCUUUCAGCUUUGGAGCUACUAAGGACUGGAAUUGCUUCCAGGGGUUUGAAUACUUUUAUCCCACCAUCUAUGCCUGAUUCAAGUACACUUUACUCAUCAUCUGGAUUCCCUUUCCAUGAAUUCAAACCAACCCAUGGGUUUUCUAUUGAUGGGUUUGGAAGUAGGUAUGGAGCUCAAGAGAAUGGAGGGAAGCUUUUGUUUCCUUUUGAAGAACUGAAGCAGAUUUCAAGCACAAACCAACAGGUUGAACAGAAUAAGGGACAAGGGGGUCCAAGUGGAUAUUGGAGUGCAAUGUUAAAUGGAGGAGGACCUUGGUAAAUAAAAAAUAGCAAUGGAAGCAACAAGCUUUUCUUUCUUUAUCGUUUUUACAUGGUUGGUUACUCUUGUUUUAUGGUCGAUCCAAAACUAACAUAGAAUACAUAUUGUUCUUUUGCUUCAUUUUAAUUUCCUUUUGCUCUUUGAAGCUCAUCUCGGGUGGGGUUCAAAAGGGAUAGAAGAAAAAGUGAAUAUAAGGCUUGGUUUUUCCUUCCUAGCAGGCAACGUGGCCUGUAUUCAUAUAUUCUUCUGUCAGAAUUUGGGCAUGUGUUGUAUUUUUGCAGGGUUUGGUUCUAAGUACUUGGUCAGAAUUUGUAACAAAUAUUUGCUCACUUUCCUAAUUUAAGUAGAAGAAAUGAGUGUCAUAGUUCGAAUUGAA